ACAAAAUUUGUGGGAGGUUCUGAAAAGCCCACAAGAAGCUACACCCUGUUAGAUCUAUUCACACGAAACCAGCUCUGCUUUCCUCACAUUAAACAUCUCAGCUCGAGCAAUGAGACUGCAAAUAACACUAUCCCUCAUCUGCGUGCUUUUUCCAAAAGCGCUGACACUGAAGUGUUACCAGUAUAAAACAGGGCCGCCUGGAACAUGCGCAACCACCCAGACGGACUGUCCGGAUCAGUGUACCACCGGGACCAUCACAGUGGUCACUGAUGGUCAACAACAGCAAGUAAGUCAGAAAACUUGUGGAGGAGCAGCAGAGUGCUUCACUGGAAGCAUCAACCUGGGAGUUUGGAAAACAUCUUUCAACUUGAAAUGCUGCAGCACUGACCUCUGCAACGGCCACACUGUGGAAGCUUUGCCACAAGAGUCUGCGAAUGGACAUAAGUGUUACAUCUGUGAUGGCGAUGACUGCACUGGAACUGUGAGCUGUGAGGGAGAUGAAGAUCGCUGUGUCAUCACCACAGCUACUGCUGGUGAUUCUCAAAAGAUGAUGAAAGGAUGUGCGAGCAGCAAACUCUGUACUGCUGGAGUAUCAGCCCUGCAGAUAGCUGGAGUCACUGGAAGCGUGAGCUGCUGUGAGGGGAACCUGUGUAACAGCGCUGAAGGGGUUAAGCUGAGCCUCCUCAUCAUGCUGGUUCCUCUGAUCUCCUCCAUCCUCUUCAUCUGAACUCUCUGCUGUUCAAACACCUUUUUUGAAGCAUUUCUUUCUGUCUUUUGACACUAGCAGAAGAGAAUAUAUUACAAUAUGAGGUAACACUUUAUUUGAAGGCUACCUACAUAAGGGCUUCAUGACGCAUUCAUAAGCACUGAAUAAUGUGUUUAUGAAGCACUACUUGAACAUUUAUU